CCCAUCUUACCACGGGCCGUCUUCGCUGACUGAGAAACAGGGUUUCUCUCUUUCAUUUCCUCAUUCCAUUCAUCCAUUUUCCUUCAAUACCCUAAUCUGCCUUCUCAUUUCCAUAUCCUCCAACCAUGUCCGCUUCAUCCGAAACGCCGAUUGGCGAGCCGCCGUCCGCUGGUGACGAAUCUUCCAAAGCCGUCAGCAAGAAAGCCGCCAAGAAGGAGGCUGCCAAGCAGGAAAAGCUCCGCCGUCGCCAGGAAGCAGCUGCCGAAUCUGGUAUUUCGUCUCUCAAUGUCGAGGACGACCUACUUGCCUCUAACUAUGGUGAUGUACCACUCUCCGAUCUCCAAUCCAAGGAGGCUAAGGAUAUUGAAAACUGGACUCAGGUCGGCGCUUUGACGGCGGAGCUUAAAGACAAGUAUGUGAUUCUGCGGGGUCGUAUUCAGACGAUUCGUGCUGUUGGCAAGAAGAUGUCGUUUUUGGUGGUGAGAGAAAAGGGAUUCACCGUGCAAUGCGUCGUGUCGGAGCAGCCGGAGCUCGUUAGUCGCCAGAUGGUGAAGUAUGUCGAUGGAUUGAGCCGUGAGUCGAUCGUCGAUGUUGAAGGAGUCGUGUCCUUGCCCAAUGUUGCCAUCAAAGGUGCUACGCAACAGGUGGAAAUUCAAGUGAGGAAAGUAUAUUGCAUCAGUAAGGCAAUGCCGACUCUGCCUAUAAAUCUUGAAGAUGCUGCCCGUAGUGAAGCUGAAAUUGAGAAAGCGUUGCAGGCUGGUGAGCAACUAGUACGCGUUAAUCAGGAUACGCGUUUGAACUACAGAGUCCUCGAUACGCGAACUUCAGCUAAUCAAGGAAUUUUUCGCAUUCAAAGCUAUGUUGGAAAGAUAUUUAGACAAUUCCUUUAUGCUGAGGACUUUGUUGAAAUCCACACUCCGAAAUUGAUUGGAGGUUCUAGUGAAGGUGGUGCUUCUGUUUUUAAGUUGGAUUACAAAGGCCAACCUGCUUGCCUGGCUCAAUCACCUCAGUUACAUAAGCAAAUGGCCAUCUGUGGUGACUUUGGGCGCGUAUUUGAGAUUGGUCCUGUUUUUAGAGCAGAGGACUCAUACACACACAGACAUUUAUGUGAAUUUACAGGACUUGAUGUUGAAAUGGAGAUCAAGUCUCAUUAUUCUGAGGUCAUGAACAUUGUGGACCGAUUAUUCGUCUCGAUGUUUGACAGUUUGAAUCAAAACUGUAAGAAGGAGCUUGAAGCAAUCGAUAGACAGUAUCCCUUUGAACCUUUGAAGUAUUUGCGAAACACUCUUCGACUUACAUUUGAGGAAGGAAUUCAGAUGUUGAAGGAUGCUGGCACUGAAAUUGAUCCUCUUGGGGAUCUUAAUACAGAGGCUGAGAGGAAAUUGGGGCAACUCGUCUUAGAGAAAUAUGGCACAGAGUUCUACAUUCUUCACCGCUAUCCUUUGGCUGUUAGGCCAUUCUACACUAUGCCUUGCUAUGAUAACCCGACGUACAGUAACUCAUUUGAUGUCUUUAUUCGAGGGGAAGAAAUCAUUUCUGGGGCUCAGCGUGUCCACGUGCCAGAAUUUCUAGCUGAACGUGCUCAAGCAUGUGGCAUUGAUGUAAAAACGAUAGCAACAUAUAUUGAUUCGUUCAGAUACGGCGCCCCUCCACAUGGUGGAUUUGGAGUAGGUUUGGAGCGUGUGGUGAUGCUUUUUUGUGGUUUGAAUAACAUUCGCAAAACAUCUUUGUUCCCCCGUGAUCCACAGAGGAUUGCUCCUUAGCAUUUCACCAGUAAUACUGGAAUUCCAGUUUUUGAAACAUACAUUUUGUUGCUUCUCACCUUUCAUAGGAGAACAAAAAUAAGUUUCUGAUCUGCUGAUGAUUUAUUGAAUACACUUGUUUUCCAAGUUUGUUUUGACCUUACUGAAUGUAGAUUUUUAUUAUAGCUUGUCUUUCUUUUUUAAUUGAAAAUUUGACAAUUUUUCCAUGUUUAA